UAUAGGAACCUGUGGGUGCGGGAGUCCAGAGGAGAGAGACGCAGAGGGGAAGACAAAGCCACUCUGCCUACGCUGGCCUGCGUCCUCUAGGAAGGCUAGCAGGAAGCAGGGCCAGCGGGAGCUGCCACCUGCCUGCUCCUCAGUGCCUGCUGGCAAGGCCAGAGAGGAAGAGAAGACGAUGGAGCCAGACAGGACUCAGAUAAAGCUUGACCCCAGGUACACAGCAGAUCUUCUGGAGUUACUGAAAACCAAUUACAACAUCCCCUCUGCCUGCUUCUCUCAUGCCCCCACUGCAGCUCAGCUUCUGAGAGAUCUCAGCGAGGACGUUCACGUCUGCCCCUCAGUCCUGGGCUUCAGCUCCCUGGAGUCUGCCCUCUCUUCCCACCCCAGCCCUGGGCCCUGCGGAAGUCGCUCUCACAGUCCUCAUGAGUUUGCUCGCGCUGGGCUCAGUCGCCAUCUUCCUGGAGGAUGCCGUCUACCUGUACAAGAACACCCGCUGCCCCAUCAAGAGGAAGACUCUGCUCUGGAGCAGCUCUGCACCCACGGUAGUGUCCGUGUUCUGCUGCUUUGGUCUCUGGAUCCCGCGUUCCCUCCUGCUGGUGGAGAUGGCCAUAACCUCGUGAGCGUCCUGCCCUGCCCCCAGAGCUGGUUUUACGCGGCCUGCUUCUGCCUGCUGAUGCAGGUCAUGGUGAAGGGCUUCGGGGGACCGGAGGCCGUGCUGAGGGUGCUGGGGGGGGCAGCGCUGCCCACGGGCACAGGCCCCUGCUGCUGCUGCUGCCCCUGCUGCCCCCCACUCAGGCUCUCCAGGAAGAAGCUUCAGCUGCUGAUGUUGGGCCCAUUCCAGUUUGCCUUCUUUAAGAUAACCCUGAGCCUGGCGGGCCUGUUUCUCAUCCCUGAUGGCAUCUAUGACCCGGCAGAUAUCUCCGAGGAGAGCACAGCUCUGUGGAUCAACACGCUCCUUGGGGUGUCCACCCUGCUUGCCCUCUGGGCUCUGGCCAUCGUCUUCCGUCAAGCCAAGCAGCACCUGGGCGAACAGAACAUAGGAGCCAAAUUUGCUCUGUUCCAGGUGCUUCUCAUCCUGACUGCCCUACAGCCAUCCAUCUUUUCAGUCUUGGCCAAUGGCGGGCAGAUUGCUUGUUCACCUCCCUUUUCCUCUAAAGUCAGGUCUCAAGUGAUGAAUUGUCACCUCCUCAUACUGGAGACUUUUCUCCUAACUGUGCUGACACGAAUGUACUACCGAAAGAAAGACGACAAGGCUGGGUAUGAACCUUUUCCUUCUCCAGACCUGGAUCUGAGCCUCAAAACCUGAGCUGGAUGGCUUGGACAAUGAAUGAGAGACACUGCACUCAUUAGAUGGGCACACGAUUCCCUCACUGUCACUCAAACUUGACCUAGUAGAAAUGGAGUCCAUUGUCAGCAUAAGCUGGCAGAUUACAUUUGACUAUAAAGAUGAAGGUGAAUCAUGCAGUAGGAUGAAAUUGUUUUGGACCUUGCCUGGGUAAGGUAUUUUAGGUUUUAUAAUAAACAAACAGGAUGAAAUCUGAAAUUCUGACUGGGCACAUUGCCUCUGUGAGGGCCACCAUUAGCUCUUAAAGUUGUAUAUUGAAAGCUCACACUGGGCUUUCCCAAAGUAAAUGAAGAGUAUAUGGUAGUUUGUCUGCUAUAAAAAUGGGCAGAACUCAAGCCAGGUAAAAUAGUCUGAGCCCAAAGUCUCAAAGAACAGAUGGAAGAUGUUUCCUUACAGAUGAUGUGUCAUUAGGGCACUGAGGGCAUCAGACCUAGGAUCUGGACCAGCUUCACUUUGUGGGACAAUGGUUUUCUGAGUUUUCUGUGCCAAGCUGCAAAAGGACUCCCCUGAGAAUAU